GUCCCGUCAGUAUAAUGCAGACAUUAAGGGAUAAAGCUUAUUUCCCUAUAUAUGCGGAUAAAAGAUCAUUUAACAGAAUAAAAAUUACAAUUGUUGGCGCAGACCAAGUUGGGAUGGCUACUGCCUUUAGCCUAUUAAUUAAGGGCAUUCCAAAUGAAGUGGCUAUAAUUGAUCUUGAUGUCGAUCGGGUUGAAGCUGAAGUGCAAGACUUAGCUAGUGCAAGACAAUUUCUUCCAAAAUCAGACAUUUACGGAGGAUCAAAUUUCAAGCUCUCUUCUAACUCCAAUAUUGUGAUAAUCUGCACUGGAAUCUCAAGAAGUGAAAAUGAAACAAAUAUUAACCAUAUACAGAGAAAUGUUGACGCUUUUAAAAGUAAACUUGAGCUUUAUUUAGCAUUUAUUUUUGCAGGGCUAGUGCCACAUAUUGUUGAAAAUAGUCCUAAAUGUAUGAUAAUUGUUCUAACAAAGCCAGUGGAUGUUAUGGCAUACGUUGCUUGGAGAAUAAGUGGAUUUCCAAAAAAUCGUGUAUUUGGCCUUGGCACUAUGCUCGAUUCGGCUAGAUUUCGCAUUGCUAUAGGUCAAAAACUUGGGCUUAAUGCGAACAUGGUUCACGCCUAUAUAUUUGGAGAGCAAGGAGAGAGAGCAGUUCCUAUUUGGAGUACCUUGGCAAUUGCUGGAGCGAAACUGAGAUCAAUUUACCCAGAAAUAGGCACAAAUCUUGAUAAGGAGGGAUACGUCCAAAUUCCAUCUAUGCUUGUGGAAACUGAAAAAAAAAUUAUUGCACAUAAAGGCUCUAGUUCCUGGGCUUUGGGUCUCGCUGCAAGCCUCGUAUGUGAAGCAAUUUUGGGUGAUUCAGACAAAAUAUACACUAUUUCAACCCAUGCUAAGCACGAAGGAAAGCUCAUGAACAAACUAAAGCUAGAACUCUGA